AUGCGUGCUGUAUCGUUUCUGAGUGAGUGUAGUUCGCGCGCCUGUCGUAUUCGAUAUCGUGAUCAGCAUGGAUAUUGGAAUUUGGACAUAACGGCCGGAACUUCGCAGGACGAUGUAUUCGUUUGUUUGCAGUCGGAGGAGAGAUCGGCGUUUGGGGCUUCGAGGCCGUCUCGUCGCAGCAAAUCGGAAGGUCCUCCUGCAAUGAAUGGACUUUCGGCGAGCCCCCAGCACCAUCGACGCCAGGCGACCCACACGCCGCCGCCGCAACAUGACGCGCAGCACGACGACUUGAUCGUUAUCAUGGAUGCCGUAGCACCAAGUAACCGUGCCGCAGCUGGGGGAGGCGGCUUGUUCAGCAAGGCCAUUUCCAAGUUCAGUACUGAAUACCGGUUACAGUUCGCCUGGCCGCCCAGCAAACGCAUCAAAGAAAAGGGAGCCGGUCACGACGCAGCGCCGCCCCGCAAGUCGCUCUCGAUGGGCGCCAUCAAACCUACUGCCAAUGGUGUGGGUCCCGCUGCAGUACACCGAAAACGCACCGAUCUCGAAACCACGAAGGAAGAUAACAAUCAUGAGCUCGAACCGUUGGUUAUGGAACCGGAGGCUUCUGAAAAAGAAGCAAACACACUGGACGAAAAGCAAGCUAUGAAUAAGAAAGAAACUAAAAUAGAACACAAGAAGAACUUUAGGCCAAUAUCUCAAUUAGAUUACAUGCAUUCGCCUAAGAAAGAAGUUCACAUAGAAAAGCACGCAGUGGUAGAGACGUCUACGCCAGCAGAUGCUUGGUACAAAGAAGUGUUAGAAUUACGCAAAAAAGCGGGAGAAUAUAAGAGCCGCGGUUGGGGUACUGAAUUAAGUAUAGAUCAAGUAGCUGAUAUAUCGAAUAAACAAAUUGAGCUUUGGGAACAAGUAUCGCGGCGUAGUUCCUUAUCUGCACUGUCGCUUGCUUCUACUAGCCAUAGGUAA